UCCAGAGGGAUUAAGGUUUGGCACGGUGGCAGCCUACGUGUCAAUCUGUGCAAGUCUCAUGGCCGCCGCAGAACGCAACGGGCGUUGAAAUUCUCCCCACCCUCUUCCUUCUCGGCGCGCGUGUAUUGGGACUCUCUGGGGAGGCCCAGGGCUCCGCCCCGAAGCGGGCGGAUCCAGUGCGGCCCGGCACGGCCAAUCGGCUAGCAGACCCCCACUUACUGCCACUUCACCCUCCUCAGCCUGUUUUGUCGGGUUCCGGGUCGCACGUGUCAAUGUUUGUGUACGUGCAGAUGCAGCAGCAGGGCUGGUAAAGUUCCGGCAGCUGGGGAUUAGGCUGCUGGGGCGCGGCAGCAAGGGACCCGCCCUCUAGCCCUGGCAGUCUCUAAAUUCUCUGGCACCUGGGCGGCCCAUUGCACUCACCUGCCAGGCUGCAGCAAGUGUCCCACCGCUCUGCACUCCUAGAGACUCUAGUUCUCUGCUUUAGGUUGGAGAUGCUGUUGCUCGAUUGCAAUCCGGAGGUAGACAGCCUGAAGUAUCUGCUGGAGGCGGGGGCUUCUGUCAACGCACCCCCAGAUCCUUGUGAGCAGUCGCCUGUCCACUUAGCUGCAGGUGGCGGCUUUGCUUGUUUUCUUCUCUGGCAGCUGCAGACAGGUGCUGAUCUCAACCAACAGGAUGUUUUGGGAGAGGCUCCACUCCACAAGGCAGCAAAAGUUGGAAGCCUGGAAUGCCUUAGCCUCCUUGUAGCUGGUGAUGCCCAAAUUGAUUUAUGUAAUAAGAAUGGGCAAACAGCUGAAGAUCUUGCUUGGUCAUGUGGAUUCCCAGAAUGUGCCAAGUUUCUUACAACAAUUAAAUGUAUGCAGAUAAUAAAAUCAAGUGAACAAUCUGAUGGGGAUCACUGUGUUCCAGUGGUCAGACAGAAACGUAGUUUUGGAAGCACAGAAAAUACAAAUGGGAAAAGGAGGUGCUGGUAAGUGACUUAUAGCUGAUUCUUCCUUUCUCGCUCAAGAAUCUCUUUCUAGCAUAGAAUUUAUUGUUUCACUUAAGUAUUAUUAUUCUUAUUUCUAAUAUUGUUUCUUCAUUCAUAUUUUAAUAGUGGUUACAGUUACUACU